GAAGACGCUUCUCUCAAGAGCCAUGAAACGCGGCAGAUAGAACCCAAGCGAUUCCACGAACAACAGCCCGAGGAAAUGGCGUUCAGUCCAUCAGCAGUGGUUCAGGGAGCCCGUCGAGCCCCAUUAACCAGCAAGCAAGCCGGUGUAGGCUUCUACAAAGGUACCGGUAGUCAUCCUGCGCUCGGUCCUAAAUCCCAGGGUUCGCAUGGCACUGGACGGGUCUUGGGACGGAUCUAUCGCUUGGAACCUAAGAAAAUGCGCUCCUUUAUCGUCCCGCAAGUGGUCCAUGACUUCCGUGAACUCAGCUCUCGUCCGGACUUGAGGCCUUAUACCGAAUCGACACUUCCGUUACCUUCCGAAGUAGACUUCGAUCGAUGGCCGACUGAUCGCCGAAAGAUGCAGCCAAAAGUGCAACGGAACCUGGCUCCAUGGCAUAAUCCGGACAGUGUGUUUUCAAACAAAGGCUUCGAUGGGGACUACUUUCGUCAAUUGAUGAAUCAUCUGAGGGAGAGAGACUCAACAGACGAUUCUCCGGACCAGAGCUUAACCGACCCCAGAACAGAAUAAGCAAUCCGAAAAACUUAUAUCCGCAUUGUAUCAUCAUCAUUAGUCACAAGCACAAGAGAAUGAGCCACUUACAAUUAGCAACUACCUACAUCUCCCGAUUUCGCUCCCACUCCUUGCAACAUCUUUGUACUCCUUAAUGAACCAGCCAUAAAACAAACACCAUUCCCUCAGGGAGAGAGCGUGUGGGGAGAGCUGUUGACCUUGAUGAUCAACCCCAACAAAGAGGACCCAUCCUGAGCACAGAUUCCAAUUCGCCAACCUCGGCUUAAGUAGCUGAAUCCAUUACUCCGCAGAAGUCCGCGGAUU